UAUCACUAGGCUGGAAUGGUUUAUCACUAGACUGAGAAAAGUUUGGUUGGUGAUUGAAAACAGAAUCAUCUACAUUAAUUUAACCUCGACAAAUAUUUCUCUCUGGUUAAACGCUAUGCUAGGAUCGUUCAUGGAGCUUGCUAACGCUAUCGCAUUAUUGGCUCCAAGAACAGCGUUGGUUUGCGUUCAUAGUACGAAUAGUGUUUCCCCAAACGCACCCUAUACUGCCGGAUUCGCUAAAUGGAAUAACUUGCAACAUUUCGUUGCCAUAUUGAACAUUCAUAUAUAUACGAUGUAUGGAGACAAAAAAGGAACAGCAAGAAAAAGCUUGUUUACACCUCGCACAAAUGAUAUGUUUACUUCUUGGUACAAUAUUAUGUCUACUAAAAAUAUAAAAAUAAAUAGGAAUAGCAGAGUUUGUGAAUUACAUUUUAAGUCAGAAGAUAUUAUUAAAGAAGAUGUAUUUAUGCAAGCAGAUGGAAAAAUCAUUUAUGUGAUAAGAAAAAAUCCAAAAUUAAAAGAAGAAGCAGUUCCUUUAAUUUUUCCAAUAAAAAAGACACCAUAUUUUGAGCCGAUGGAAUAAUAAUAUUGAUGACGUUAUCUUAUGAAAGUUUCUAACUGAAUGUGAAACUUCUGAAACAAUUUUAUAUUUAGCAGAAAAAUCAAUUCCUUCUACAUUAUAUAUGAUAAAUAAAGCAUUGCAAAUAGAAAA